UGGCCCUCUUGGCUGAUGUGAAGAUGCCUGCUGGUGUGUCUUGGCCUCGGUACCUGAGGAUGUUUGGUGCCAGUGUACUAUCUAUGUUUGUCGGAGCAGAGGUUGUCCAUCAGUACUACAGACCCGAUCUGACUAUUCCAGAAAUCCCUCCCAAACCUGGUGAAUUGAGGACUGAACUGCUGGGAUUUAAAGCUAGAGAAGAGGCUGCUGCCGUUGCUGCCCAAAGACAGUGACCCUUUCAGUAGACUGAUUUAAUUUUUGUACAGUAUCUAACUCUAGAGCAAUCCUUGUACAUAUUGCACAUGUUUAAAAACCACAAAGGGACAAAUGUAAAAUGUGUUAUUUGUUAUGAAACGAAUGAGGUACAAAUUGACCUGUGCCAAUUCUAUUCAAAGUUGCUUCAGGCAAUGAUGUGUUCACAUGGCUGGAUGGAGCUUCAGGCUCCUCAGACUAUUUAAAAAAAAAAAAUAUAUAUAUAUAUAUAUAUAUAUAAUCAUUUUAAAAAAUGGAACCUUUUAACUAGGCAAGUCAAUUAAUAACAAAUUCUUAUUUACAUUUAGAUCAGGAACCUACAAUAGCAUUUAUGCAUUCACUACUGUAAGUCACUCUGAUAAGAGCGUCUGCUAAAUGACUAAAAUGUAAAUGUUUAUCGAACCUGUUGUCAUGGAGAACUCAUGAGGUCUUGAGUAUAGGACAACUUGCAGAGCAGACACCCCUUUGCUGCUCUUCAUGUGAGAGCCAUAGCAAAGUGAGCACAAGUUUUAACCAUGCCUUCUGAUGGAUCACUCAUAUAGAUACUGCGCAGACUAGUAUGAGUAUGUCAGAUACUGUAUGUAUGUAAAUGUUCAUUGGGUUUUUAACCAACAGAUGUGAAUAAAAUGUUUAUUGUGUU